AUGGGUUCAGACGUACGCGACCUCAACACCCUUUUGUCUCCAGUGCCGGCCUUGCCAGCAGGGAACGGGAACUGCCCUCUGCCCGUCAGCAGUGCCCCGCAGUGGGCACCCGUGCUGGAUUUCCAUACUGGUGCCCCCUACAGUUCACUGGGCUCACACUCCUUCAUCAAGCAAGAACCCACCUGGGGUUCCACAGACCCCCAUGAGGACCCACACUGUGGCCUCAGCGCCUUCACCGUCCACUUCUCAGGACAGUUCACAGGUACUGGGGCGUGCAGGUACGGUGCUUUCGGAGCACCCACACCGAGCCAGACCCCCACCAGCCAGAGCCGGAUGUUCAGUAACGGCCCGUAUCUGUCCAACUGCAUGGACAGCCAGACUGGAUCCAGGAACCAGGGUUACGGUGCAGUUUCCUUCGACGGAGCCACGAACUACGGACACACACCGUCGCACCACGCUUCACAGUUCCCCAACCACCCCUUCAAACAUGAAGACACCAUCCCACAGCAAAGCAACAUGGGCGAGCAGCAGUAUCCCGUCCCUCCACCUGUUUAUGGCUGCCACACACCGUCGGAGAGCUGUACAGGAAGCCAAGCACUGCUCCUGAGAAACCCUUACAACAGUGACAAUUUAUACCAAAUGGCGUCCCAGUUGGAGUGCAUGGCCUGGAACCCUGUCAACACGCUGGCAUCCGGCAUCAAGAGGUGCAGUUCCAGCCCAGUCAAAUGGGAAAAAUUGCGAUCUCAAACUGGUUAUGAGAGCGACCCGAGCACGCCCAUGGUGUACAGCUGCAGCACCCAAUACCGAAUACACACCCAUGGAGUCUUCAGAGGCAUUCAGGAUGUCAGAAGGGUCCCUGGCAUCACUCCAGCCAUCGUGCGCUCCGAGACUAACGAGAAGCGGCCGUUCAUGUGCGCCUAUCCGGGAUGCAACAAGCGCUACUUCAAACUCUCUCACCUCCAGAUGCACAGUCGCAAACAUACAGGUGAAAAGCCGUACCAGUGUGACUUCACAGACUGUGGCCGGAGAUUUUCCCGGUCAGACCAGCUGAAGAGACAUCAGAGGAGACACACAGGCGUUAAACCUUUCCAGUGUGAGACAUGUCAGAGAAAGUUCUCACGGUCAGACCAUCUUAAGACCCACACCCGGACUCAUACAGGUGAGAAGCCUUUUAAUUGCAGGUGGCCAAACUGCCAGAAGAAGUUUGCCCGAUCUGACGAGUUAGUCCGGCACCACAAUAUGCACCAGAGGAACCUGACCAAACUUCAGCUGGCCAUCUAA